UGGGGAGGAGGGCUAACGAUGACGCGCGGGCCUCACGUGACCCCGAGCUGCAGAGCGACGCAGCCUUCGGUGCAGUCGUCACUUUAGUCUAGCUACCAGCUCCCUGCCGCCCUGCGCACGGCGGGCUGGCAUUGGGCCUGGAAAGCGGAGCAGUUUGGUGUAGCACCGAGAUGAGGCCAGAAGGAGAAGAGAAAACUGCACAGGAUCUAUGAAGAUCUUUUCAUGGUGUUUCAGUAGACCUGUUUACCACUGGAAGAGGGGGAGACUGGCCUGGAACUAUGGAAGUUGUGAAGGUUCAGAAAUCUCAUGAAUUUACAUGUCUACUUUAAAGUAUAUAUUAUCACUCAGCAAGAGAAGGAAAAAGGAGAGAACUUCUUUGAAUCAUUGCAGAUCCAUUUCCAGUGGCAGCUGUAGUGGCCUUUGAGUGACUGAAGACCAGCACCCUCAUAGAUCUACACCAAAGCCUAGCACCCUCUUUCCCCAGCUGAAGCAAGCCCCCUGUACUUUAGUUGCCUUCACCAGGAGUGAUUACAUGGGCCGUGUUCAGGAAGUGUGCUGGGCUACUGCAGGACUGGCAAUCUGGGCUGGCACAUGCUAUUACCUUUACAGAUUAACCAAAGGAAGAGCUCAGAGUGUGACGAGAUUUGCCAGAAAUGAGUCCAGAGUCAAGAUGGAGACUGUGGUUGGGGUGCAGAACCAGACCUUGGCCAUGAGUGAAGCCAUGGCUGGGGUAGAGAUUGAGACUAGACCCAAGGGCAAGACUGGAACAGAAAGUGAAGGAAAUGAGCCUGGGGCUGAAGUAGAGACCAAGGUUACUGCUAUAGAGAGGUCCAAAGCCAAUUGUCAGUCCAAGGCAAUGAUUGGGGAAAAGAAAGACAUUCAAUCUGAGGUCAAAUCAGUGGCUAGAACACUGGUCAUGAUAGAUGCAGUGACUCUGACGGAGGCCAAUGUCAAAACCAGGGAAGUGAUCAUGAAAGAGGCAAUGACUCAAACUGAUGCUGAGGCUGGGGAAAUAGUCAAGAAAGAGGCAGUGACCCAGACCAAGGCUAAAGCUUGGGCACUGGUCUCCAGGACAGAGGCCAGAAAAGAAGCAAUGACUCAGACCAAAGCUGAAACUUGUACAAUGGCUGAAAAAGAGACAGAGAUUAACAGAGUAAUGGUAACACAGAGUGAGGUUUUGGCAGUGACCAAAGAAGUGGUCAAGAUUGGGACCAUGAACAAGACUGGAAUUGUGGUUGAAGGCAAGACAAGAGCCCUGGAAGAGACUGUGAGUGUGGUUACAACUCAAUCUGAUGGUAGGCUUGGUACCACAGUUGAUGCAAGGGAAGAUGCUAAUGGUGUGUCCAGGGCAGUGGUUGGCAUGGAUGUGAUGUCCUGUGCACAGUCGCAGGCUGUGGCCAAGAUCCAAAAUGAUGACAUGCCUGGUGCUGAGGUUCAGGACAAGGGAAAUUUCAAAACUGUGCCUAAGGCAGGAUCUAAGGUUGAUACAAGAGCGUCACCUCAAUCUCAAAUUGUCGUGAAGACCCAAGCUGAGGUCAUGCCUGGGACAAGGGUUGAUAUGGUGGAUAGUAUCACCACCACAUGUAAGGCAGAGGUGGGAACAAAUGUGAGGACUUGUAUAAUACAGCCUCAGACUGUGGCCAAGAAACAGGCUGAGGCAAUGCCGGGUGCCAGGGUUGAUGGUAGGGAAAAUACCAGUGUCGUAUCUAAGGCAGUUACUGGAGCUUUCAUACAGGCUGCUGCUCAGAUUCAAACUGUAGAUUGUGCUCAGUCUGAGUCUCAGCCUGAUACCAGGGUUAAGGGUAGAGGCAAUCCCAGUGCCACGGUUAAAGCAGGUCCCAUGGCAAACAUGAAGACCAAUUUGCAAACUGAAGCCUUGCCUGAUAAUAGCCAUAAGACCAGAAGCAUUUCCAAUGUCAUGGUGAAGGCAGGAGCUGGGAUAGACAUGUUGUCCUGGACUCAGGCUCAGCCUCUGGGCAAUGUCCAGAGUGAUGUCUUGCCUGAUGGUAGAAUUAAGACUAAAGGAACUGUUAACACCAUGAUUAAGGAAGGAGGCCAAACUACGGCCCAGAACCAAAGCGAAGCCUUACUUAACACUAAAGGUAAAGCUAGGGGCAAAGCCAAAGCCAAGUGUAAGGCAGGAGCUGGGCCAGACAUGAAAACCUGUUCACAAGCUGGGACCAAGACCCAAGCCGAGGCCUUGCCUGAUUCCAGGAUUGAUGGUAGGGUUGAUUCUAAUGCCAUUUCUAAAGCAGGGUCUAAUAGGACUUGUGGUCAGCACCAGGCUGUGGUCAAUUCCCAGGGUGAUAUUUUGCCUGGUACCAGGAGUAAGUUCAAGAGCCAUCCCAAUGUUGUGCCUAAGGCAGAGUCUGGGACAGCUACAGCAGACUGUACCCAGCCCCAAGCUGCUGUCAGUUCCCAGAGUGAGACCUUGACUGCAGCCAAAAAUAAGUCCAGGGGCAGUCGCAAUGUUGUGCCUAAAGCAGAGACUGGGGCAGCUACAAUAGGCUCUUCCCAAUCCCAGACUGUAACCAGUUCUCAGGGUGAGGCCUUGUCUGGUGCUAGGACUAAGGUCAAGGGCAACUCCAGUGCUAUGUCCAAGCCAGAGGUUGGGACAGGUACGACAGACUCUUUCCAGUCUCAGACUGUGGCCAAUUCCCAGGAUGAGAUCUUGCUUGGUGCCAGGAGUAAAGUCAGGAUUAAUUGUAAUGUGCCUAAGGCAGAGGUUGGAGCAGGUACAGUGGGCUCUUCCCAGUCUCAGACUGUUGUUGGUGAGACCUUGCUUGGUGCCAGGAAUAAGGUCAGGGGAAGUCCCAAUGUUGUGAUUAAGGCAGAGGCUGAAGCAGGUAUAGUGAACUCUUCUCAGCCCCAGGCUCUGACAAGUUCUCAGAAUGAGGCCUUACUUGGUGCCAGGAAUAAGAUCAGAGGCAGUUCUAGUGCUGUGCCUAGAACAGGGCCCCAGAAAGGUACAAAAGUCUCUGCUCAACCCCAGGGGCCGGUCAGUUCCCAGAAUGAGGCCUUGCUUGGGGUAAUGGACAAGACUAUGUCCAGAUCUGAGUCAGAAGCUACAGCAGAAGAUAAGGUUUGUCCAAAGCCUGAGGCUGAAUGUGAGGCUGAGGCUAUACCUGCUUCAGAGAUUGAGGGAGGGCCAGAUGCUCAAGCCUGUAGAAAAACUCAGCCUAACAUUCAUGAUUAUUAUUGGAAUGGGAUUGGUGUUGAGGAUUGGAUUGCUGCUGAGCGGUGGAUCAAAUUUAGGUUUCAGGCCAUGGAUGGAGACUGGGAGAAUAGUGUGUCUUGGCCCGAUGAUGAAAAUACAACUAGUAUUGGGUCUUGGAGUGGGACUGGUGACAAGAGUGGUAUUGUUAGUUCUUGGGCUGUGACUUGUGAUGAGACCACUAUUAAGUCCUGGACUGGGGCUAGGGCUGAGAAUGAGGUUGCUCUUGGGUCCUGGGUGGGAGCUGGUGACCAGGCCAGUGGAGGGCUCUGGGCUGCAAGUCAGGUUAGUGAGGCAUCGUGGGCUGGGGACAAGGUUGGGGGUUCCUGGGUACAGGCUGAGAACAAAGCCAUUGGAGGAUCCUGGACUGGGACUGAGAACCAGGUCAGUGGGGCCUCUUGGGUUGUCUCUGGGAACCAGGCCUUUGGAGGGCCUUGGGCUGUGGGUCAGGUUAGUGAAGUAUCUUGGCCUGGAGUCCAGGCCACUGGACUAUCCUGGGUUGUGGACCAGGCUAGUGGAGGUUCCUGGACUGUGGCUGAAAACCAGGCUAGUGGGGUGUCUUGGGCUGGGGCUGGAAAUAUAGUUAGUAUUGGGUACUGGACUGGGGCUGUGGACCAAGCUAAUGCAGGAUCCUGGAUUGUGACUGGUGAUCAAUCUGGCAGCGAGUCCAAACCUGGAUUUGAGGAUCAGGCCAGUGAGAAAAGGUCCUGGGUUGGGGCUUGUGGUCAGGCCAGUAGAGCACCUGAGAAUCAGUCGAGUGGAAGGCCUUGGGCUGACACUGCAGACCAAGCCAAUAGAGGGUCAAAGCUUGAGCCUUUAGACCAGUCUAGUGGUGCAUCUUGGGCUGGCUCUGUAGAACAGGCUAGUGGUGGGUCUACACCAGGAUCUGAAGACCAGUCCAGUGGUGUAUCCUGGGCUGGCACUAGGAACUUGGCCACAGGAGGAUCCUGGCCUGGAACUGGUGAUCAUUCUGAUGGUGCAUCCAAGGCUAGUUUUAAAACUCAGGCCAGUGAUGAAGGCUCUUGGGCUGGAGCUUUUGGCCAAGCUGGUGGAGUAUCCAAGUCAGGGCCUGAGAAUCAGUCCGGUGGAAGAUCAUGGGCAGAGUCUGGAGAUCAAAUCAGUGGAAGGUGUUUGGUUAGGGUUGUGGACCAGGCCAAUGGAAAAUCUCAGGCUAGUCCUGGGGACCUUGCUGGUGGUGGGGCAAAACCUAUGUUCGAGGAUCAGACUAGUGGAAGAGGAUGCUGGACUAAUGCUGCUGAGAACCAGUCUGGAACUAGUCUAGGCUCCAGGGAGCAGUCCAGUGGAGAUUCCUGGCCUGCCAGAGCAGACCAGGCCAGUGGAUGGUUCUGUGCUUAUACUGGCAGUCAGACCAGUGUGGGAGGGUCUUGGAGUGUGGCUGGUGGUCAGAAUGUUGGAGUUUCUAGGCCAGGGCCCAUGAAUCAGGCUAGUGGUGGGUCCUGGGCUGGCACUGGGAGUCAGAUCAGUGGAGUAUCCUGGGCUGUAGCUGGCGAUCAGGCUGGUGGCUGUUCCAAGCCUGGAUUUGGGAAUCAGGCCAUUGGAACAGGGUUCUGGACUGGUGUUGGGAACCAAGCUAGUGGUGGGUCCAGACCAGGGUCUGAGAAUCAGUCCAGUGGAGGAGGUUCCUGGGCUGGAACUGGUGUCCAUAUUAUUGGAGCAUCUAGAACGGAUCCCACAGGCCAGUCCAGUGCUACAUCUUGGGCUGGCACUGGGAGUCAGGUCAGUGGAGGGUCUUGGGUUGGGCCUGGGGAUCAGGCUGUUGGUUGCUCCAAAUCUGGAUUAGAGGAUCAAGCCCAUGGAAGAAGUGCCUGGUCUGGUGCUGGGGACCAGACCAGUGGAAUAUCCUGGGCUGUGUCUAGGCCUGGGAAUGAGGCUGGUGGAGGGUCUAGGUUGGGUUCUGAGGAACAGGCCAGUGGAAAUUUCCUGGUCAGUGCUGAGGUGGAAGCCAAUGAAGGAUUUUGGUUUGCGCCUGGUAGUGAGGCCUUUAUAGGGUCUUGGUGCUGGACAGGGGAAGAGGUUGGUAUUGUGUCCAAGCCUGAUGGCAAGGACGAGGCCAAUAUUGAAUCCACAUCAGAGCCUAAGGAAGAGACCAUCACUAGCUCUGAGCUGAGAGAUGAGAACAAGGCUAGUGUUGCGUCCUGGAUCAGAUCUGAGGAAGUAGCUUGUGUGGGUUCCUGCGUGAAGGCUGAGUCUGGAACUGAGACUGGAGCUGCAAUUGAGGGUGAAGCUGGAGCUGAGGCUGAGGCUGAGGCUAGAGGUGAGGCUAGAGCUGGGACUGAGGCUGAUGCUGUGGUUGGAGCUGGGACUGGGGCUAAGGCUGGAGCUGAGACUGAGACUGAGGCUGGAGCUGAGGUUGAGUCCGGAGCUGAGGCUGGGGCUGGAGCUGAGGCUGGGGCUGGGGCUGGGGCUGGAGCUGAGGCUGGGGCUGGAGCUGAGGCUGGGGCUGGAGCUGAGGCUGGGGCUGGGGCUGGAGCUGAGGCUGGGGCUGGGGCUGGAGCUGAGGCUGGGGCUGGAGCUGAGGCUGAGGCUGGAGCUGAGCCUGAGACUGAUGCCAUCAUGGGGUCUUGGUCCUGGGAUGGAGAAGUGACCUCUAAGGAGUCUGGGCUUGGGGCCGUACGGUCGUGGGCUUUUGCUAGGGAUGUAGAUGAGGAAGAGCUAAGUGAAGCAUCUAGCCCUGAUAUUGAGGAGAUCAGUUUAAGGUCCUUGUUUUGGGCUGAGAGUGAAAACAGUAACGAGUUCAGAUCCAAGAGUGGAAAAGACAUUAAUUUUGAGCAUGUUGUUGGAGAUAAGGCAAGCAUCAAGGAUAAGUUCGAGGCUGUUGAUGGAAUUGAUAUAAGGUCUUGGUUCUGUACUGGGAAAGAAAGCAGAAGUGAGGACAAAUCUACACCUAAGCCUAAAGCUCGGAAGUCAGCACAGUCAAGUGGUACAUAUCCAUCCAUGGUCCCUGGAGCAGGAAUGGGCUCAUGGGAUGGAGCCAUGAUCUGGUCGGAAACGAAGUUUACGCACCAAAAUGAGGCCAGUUUCCCUACUGAAGAUGAGUUCAGACAGCAGAACAGGGCUGGGGAGGAAGUUCGGCCCUGGUCCUGUCGUUGUAAACAUGAAGCUAAUAUGGAUCCAAGAGAUCUUGAAAAACUCAUUUGCAUGAUUGAAAUGACAGAAGAUCCUUCUGUUCAUGAAAUAGCGAAUAAUGCUCUAUACAACAGUAUUGAUUAUCCUUAUUCCCAUGAAGUUGUCCGUAAUGUAGGUGGAAUCUCAGUUAUUGAAAGUUUGCUGAAUAAUCCCUAUCCAAGUGUUAGGCAGAAAGCUUUAAAUGCCCUGAAUAACAUCUCAGUGGCUGCUGAAAACCAUAGAAAGGUUAAGACAUACUUAAACCAAGUAUGUGAAGAUACUGUCACCUAUCCUUUGAACUCAAAUGUGCAACUGGCUGGACUAAGAUUGAUAAGACACCUGACUAUAACUAGUGAAUAUCAACAUAUGGUUACAAAUUACAUUUCAGAAUUUCUUCGUUUGUUAACAGUGGGAAGUGGAGAAACUAAAGACCAUGUUUUGGGCAUGCUUGUGAAUUUCUCUAAAAAUCCAUCUAUGACAAAAGAUUUGCUCAUUGCCAAUGCACCAACAUCUCUGAUUAACAUUUUUAGCAAGAAAGAGACAAAAGAAAAUAUUCUUAAUGCGCUCUCAUUAUUUGAGAAUAUAAAUUACCAUUUUAAAAGAAGAGCAAAAGCAUUUACCCAGGACAAAUUCAGUAAAAAUUCCCUUUAUUUCCUAUUUCAAAGACCUAAAGCCUGUGCUAAGAAACUUCGAGCCUUAGCAGCAGAAUGCAGUGACCCAGAAGUGAAAGAAAGGGUUGAGAUAUUAAUAAAUAAACUCUGAUUAAUUUUAUGUUCCUUAAUAAAUGUGAAUAAUAUUUUGGUUUUGCAGCCUGCAAGUGGUACACAUUGUAAACUGCAUUAUAACAUCAAAACUGAUGUUAAUGUAUGAUGGUCCAUAAAUGAACCAUUUUAUGAACAGCAGAUGAAUUCAAACUUGUACUAAAUAUACAUGUCAAUAUUUAUCUUGUCUGGAUUGAGAUAUUUUUAGUAUGCUUCAUGAGCAAAACUGACCUGAUUCUUCAUAAGCAAGGUAAUCUUUGGUCCUUUGUGUGGACUUAUGUUUAUACAUUUUAGAUUUUAUAUUUAUGUCAUCAAUAAAGUUGUGUGUUUUAAGCUGAAACAAAAA